UAAUGUGCUAGUUAACUUUCUCAGGUUACGCCAUUUGAUGUGAAGUACGUGCUUGCGCAUUUCACGAGUCUAAAUUCUUCGUACAAUGGCCAACAAAAAUCAAACCAAAAAAUUGAAUUCCAAAAGUUCCAAAAUUGCUACUCCAAAUAUAAAUUUAUCACAAAUAGCUCAAACGGUACCCAGAAAAUUAAUCGAAAAACAACUAUCAAAUCAGAAGAAACCACUAUUAGAAAAUGCUAGCAAGCCGGGUUCCAGUGACUCAAGUAUUUCGGAAGUAAAGAGUGAUCGCUACUACAAUGUGAUUACACCAGCUCGGUUCAAAAUUCUGCAGAAAAAGGCCGAAGCCUCCAUAAAAACUGGUAAAACAUUUUUAAUGCGUGCUCGUUGGCCCAUUGUACGAAAAACAUUCCAGGCGAGGGGUUGGGUCGAACUGUAUGAAAGUCACUACAACCCUUAUCCUACGGGCAUAUCAAAAUUAACAUAUUACGAUUUGGUAAGAAAUCUCCCAGUACGUCAAGCUGACGAGACGCUUCCUAAUUACACAACGCGAUGCGAACGUUAUAUUUUGUCGCGGUUGAUAGAGCACAUGCCAGUUAGUUUCACCUGGUCCUGGGUGCCGAAUAAACCCGAUUUUGACCACCAGUUGCGUCAUUCGAACAUGAUUGUCAAUAAACUAAUUGUAUCACCAUUCGUCAGCAAUGAAGGCCUUGCACGUGACCUUCGGCAAAAUCUUCCUUGGCUAAGUGAGGAAAACGUUCUAGAAGUUAAUGUCCCUCGCAGCUAUAGUACCACAGACCCCGAACAAAUGGAGGAGUUUCUACAAAAUUUCCGUAACACAGCUUGCAUAAGCUUUUUGAAAUAUGUAAUUGAGAAAACGACUCAAACCAGCCAAAAGAUCUUGUUCACUGACCAUCCAGCUACAGAGAUCCCGUACUCCGCUUUAGAGUUUGCUUUGCAAAGGUGCUAUGAGCUACUGAAUUAUUUCAAGCACAACGACAUCGAUUCCGAUCAGCGCCCACUUAUUACUGAUCGUGAUUGGGAUCGAUUCUUUGGGUACUACUACGCCCUCACGUUAAACAAGGCUCAAAUCCGCAAGGAUAAAAUACAAUCUGUUGAUUCUAUUUUGAGAAAUGCCAAAAUGGUCCUAGAAGGUAUUAAACCUUACUGGCCACAAUACAAUUUGGACGGUUACCUAAAUAUUUGGAUUCUAAAGCCAGCGGAUAAUAUGUGUGGACAGGGAAUCCAUAUCAGCAACAAUCUCAAAAAAAUAAAAGAGUUCAUUAGCACAAAAUCCAAGACGCACAAAAGAAUGAUUGUUCAGAAAUAUAUCGAACGCCCAUUUACAAUCUACGAUACAAAAUUCGAUCUAAGGCAGUUUUUCCUAAUUACCAACGUCUAUCCCUUAGUCCUUUGGAUAUACAAUGAAAGUUAUAUUCGGUUUAGUUCGAAACCUUUUAAACUUGAAGACUUUCAUGAAUCGAUUCAUCUCACCAACAAUGCCAUUCAACGAAAAUACAAAGUUGACCCCAAACGAGAUACACGCCUGCCCCGACAAAACAUGUGGGAUCGUUACACCUUUCAGGCAUACCUUCGGCAGAUCGGCAAAGGAAACAUUUGGGAAUCCAGUAUAUAUCCGCAAAUCAAACAAGCCAUAAUUGGGACUGUGCUAGCCUCACAGUCGGGGAUGAUUCAGCGCAACAAUACCUUUCAGCUUUACGGGGCAGAUUUUAUUUUAUGCGAAGAUCUGAAACCCUGGAUUAUUGAGAUCAACGGAUGCCCCAAUCUAUAUCUAACCACAAAUGUUACCAGCAGAAUAGUUCCACAAUGCGUCGAAGAUAUUUUCAAAGUGGUCGUCGAUCGUAAGUCCGAUCCUACGGCUGACACGGGAAACUUCGAAUUAAUCUACAGUCAAAGUAUCCCACCAGUAAUUACAAAGGGAGAUAAGAAACUAUUCAUAGCGGGCAAACAACUAUUAAGUCCCACCAUGCAAGUUCGUCGGGAAAUGUAUCAACAGCUCAUUCCACGAUCAUUUCCACCAGAUCCUAGAGGGUUCCUUCCCUUGUCAACUACGGCGAAACCAAUUACCCGACGGGAUGAAGCUGUGGAUCCGAACAUCAGGGAUCACUUUGAGGAUAAUACAUCUGUGGAUAUUAAUGUUACUGCAACAGAAAAAUUAGAAGAGAUUAAGCAAAAUUUGAAGAAAAUCACACAAGGGUCCUGAAAAUUGGAAACCUGCUUGCUUAAGUAACUUUUACACGUUAAAAUAAAGAAAUAACGAA